CGUUGCUACUCGGUCUCAAGGUGGAUAGGUCACAGGUGGUGCCCAUGGCGGUGCCGCGCGUCCGCAAAGUGGUCCGCGUGGUGCGAAAAAAGAAGCGAGCGACGGGCACUGGGACAGGAUCAUCGGCAUCGAUCAACGAUGCCAGCGAAUCGGAUGGGGGUGGUGCGGGCGCUGAUACGGCUACCAGCUCGGGUGCAGCGUCGGGCAGACAGAACUCCAUCUCCAUACCAAUUUCGAUGGAUGAGAUCGAGGCGAAAGCAGCAGCAGCAGCCUCGGCGGCGGGAGCCAGCAGUAGUCGACCCUGGACACCGAUGCCGCCCCGUAAGCCGCCCGCUAAGGCGGCUAAGAUCAAGCGGCGGCCCUCAACUGGCGGAGGAAGCGGAGGCGGGAGUGCGAGUGGCAAUGGCUCCAUUGUUGGCGCCGCAUCUGCAAAAGGCUCUGCGGCAGCGUCGGCAGCUGCCGAGGCCGAGCAGCGGCGCCAGCGGAAGGACAAGAAGCGUCGCUCCUCGAGUGAUUCGAAUGACAGCGACGACAACAGCUCCUCGAGCAACUCCAGCUCCAGCAGUCACUCCUCCUCUGCAGCCUCAAGCUCCACCUCGUCGUCAGGCGAGUCAGAGUCGGAGGAGGGGUGCUCCUCUUCCACCGAAGCAUCCUCCUCCGCCUCCACCUCGUCACCGUCGGAUGUGCGACGGAGGCGCAAUGCUGCCGCCAAUGGCAAGAAAAAACAGAAACCACUUUCGGCAGCAGCUGUUGCGGCGGCUUCCACCUGCUCCUCGUCGUUGGCGGCCCUCAAGAAGAGCACCAAGAGCUCAUCCUCGGCCAGCGCCAGCACGACCAGUGUUGGUGGCAAGCAGUACAAGGAUCCAAGCAUGAAGCAAUUGAUCGGAAAAUUGAAUGAUUUGUGGCCCGAGCACAGCGUCGCAUUGUCCAUUCCAAAGGAGGUCGAUAAGAGCAAGGAGAAGCUGGAGGGCGCUUGGGAGACGACAGGUCGCGAUGGUUCCAAAAUUACAACAGUUGUUGCAACACCCGGCCAGGGCACCGAUCGCGUACAAGAGGUCUCCUACACAGACACAAAGGUCAUCGGCAAUGGCAGCUUCGGUGUGGUAUUCCAGGCCAAGCUCUGCGACACCGGCGAACUGGUGGCAAUCAAAAAAGUUUUACAGGACAGACGAUUUAAGAAUCGCGAAUUGCAAAUAAUGCGGAAGCUGGAGCAUUGUAAUAUUGUAAAGCUUUUGUACUUUUUCUAUUCGAGUGGUGAAAAGCGAGAUGAAGUAUUUUUGAAUUUAGUCCUCGAAUAUAUACCAGAAACCGUAUACAAAGUGGCUCGCCAAUAUGCCAAAACCAAGCAAACGAUACCAAUCAACUUUAUUCGGCUCUACAUGUAUCAACUGUUUAGAAGUUUGGCCUACAUCCAUUCGCUGGGCAUUUGCCAUCGUGAUAUCAAGCCACAGAAUCUACUGCUCGAUCCCGAAACGGCCGUGCUGAAGCUCUGUGACUUUGGCAGCGCCAAGCAGCUGCUACACGGUGAGCCCAAUGUCUCGUACAUCUGCUCCCGGUAUUAUCGCGCACCCGAGCUAAUAUUCGGCGCCAUUAAUUAUACAACAAAGAUCGAUGUGUGGAGUGCCGGCUGCGUUCUGGCCGAACUGCUGCUGGGCCAGCCAAUCUUCCCUGGCGACUCUGGUGUCGAUCAGCUGGUCGAGGUCAUCAAGGUCCUGGGCACACCGACAAGAGAACAAAUACGCGAAAUGAAUCCAAACUAUACGGAAUUCAAGUUCCCACAAAUUAAGAGUCAUCCAUGGCAGAAAGUUUUCCGUAUACGCACUCCGACAGAAGCUAUCAACUUGGUGUCCCUGCUGCUCGAGUACACGCCCAGCGCUCGGAUCACACCGCUCAAGGCCUGUGCACAUCCGUUCUUCGAUGAGCUGCGCAUGGAGGGGAACCACACCUUGCCCAAUGGCCGCGACAUGCCGCCGCUAUUUAACUUCACAGAUCACGAGCUCUCGAUACAGCCCAGCUUAGUGCCGCAGUUGUUGCCAAAGCAUCUGGCCACUCGCUCCUCGGGCGGUGGCCCAGCAGCUGCCGGUGCCGUAAGCGGCUCCACCAGCGUCUCCUCAACGGGCAGCGGCGCCUCUGCGGAUGGUGCCGCCCAGGCUCAGGUAGGCGGGACAGCAGGAUCAUCAGCAGCCGGUUCCGGAUCGGGAUCGGGUGCAGCAGCAGCCGCUGCAGCCGCCGGUGGACCGGCGACCGGCUCGAAUGCCGGCGGUCAAGGAAACAAUAGCAAUCCCGGCUCCGGUGCGCCGUCCGCUGUGGCAGCUGCCCCGGCUGCCCAGCAGGCAAAUGCCGGCGGAGCUGCAGCCGCCGGCGGUGGUGGUGGCGGAGGUGGUGCGGCGGGUGCUGCCACUGCAGCCGGCUCCGUAGCUGCGACCAAUGCUGGUGGCGCCAACGUGACAGGCUCGCAGUCUAACAGCGCUCUGAACAGCAGCAGCACGGCCAAUGGCAACGGCAGCGGAAAUGGCGAGGCUGCAGCAGGAGGAGGAGCUUCCGGGUCCGCUGCAGGUGGUGACGAAAAUGGUGCUACAGCAGCAGCAGCCGCAGGAGCAGAGACCGAGGCAGAAGCAGCAGCAGUGUCCGGUUAGCGCAACAGCUGCGCUCUGUUAAUGUAAAAUGCUCUUUCUACAGCGUACUGUACUGUUAUUCGCAUAUGUAUGUUUUAUUCGCUCUCGCUCGCCCGCUCGCUCUCAGGGUUGGAGCAGGCCUAAGUUUAGUUUUUUUUUCCGCAGCAUUCAGCAUAGGUAACGGAGCGUGAUGGCAACCAAAGCCUCAGCCACUCACACACACACAACCACACUGACAUACCCACACAUAGCCACACACACACAUGUAUGUAUGUAUAUGUAGCUACUAUGUGCAUGGCAAAGGCAGAAAUUAUUUAGCAUAAAAACCAAACAUAAAAAACACACACACCAAAAAGAAACCAACAAGAAAAUCAACUUUAAAACUAUGCAUAAAUACUAAUUACGAGUAUAAUAUUGUAUUAUUGAACAAAUCCAAAUAUUCAAAAAUCCCUAUCUAUAAAAUAACCCCAGGGGAAAUGGAAAAUGUUACAAAAAGAGGAGCGAAAGCACCCGCUCUUCUGCGUCCCAGCCCCCCCUAAUCCAUUCUCCAUUCCCAUACCCCCCCCAUCCACGUAGAGAACAAAUUUAAUGGAAAAUGGCAAAAAAAAAAAAAAACAAAACAAAAAUAAAAAAAAAGCUCCAGGUAUCGUAAUAUACAGACAGACGGAGUAUCUUAAGCAAAAGGCCUACAAGAAAUGAGAGGAAUAACUCGUACUUAGUGAAAUAAAUCAAAAUUUUUUGUCCCCUUUAACGUACCAUCAUAUACUUACGAGUAUAGUAUAUCUAUCUAUGCAGAUAUCUAUCAGAUAUAGUUAUAGCAUAGCACUCCAAAAUAGCAAGUGAAAUACA